UUGCGAGCUCGCCGCGCUGGGAUGCUGACUGACUGACUCACUAGUGCUGCCGCACUAGUUGUUCACUCGGAGCGCGAAGCAGCCGAGCACCUCCACAUCCCCGCCCGGCGUCCUCAGCAGCCUCAGGAACCCCCCCCCCCCCCACCGCCGUCCCCUCCCCGGUCGCCGACAUGAACCCUCAGUGUGCCCGCUGCGGGAAGGUUGCCUACCCGACGGAGAAAGUCAGCUGUUUGGACAAGAACUGGCACAAAGGCUGCUUCCACUGCGAGGUUUGCAAGAUGACCCUCAACAUGAAGAAUUACAAAGGUUACGACAAGAAGCCGUACUGCAACGCACAUUACCCCAAGACGUCUUUCACCACUGUGGCCGACACGCCCGAGAACCUGCGGCUCAGGCAGCAGAGCCAGCUACAGAGUCAGGUCAAGUACAAGAAAGAUUUCGAGGAGAGCAAAGGUCGCGGAUUCAGCAUCGUGUCCGACACGCCCGAGAUGCAACGACUGCGACGCACUCAGCAGCACAUCAGCGACGUACGUACCCGAUGGACAGACAUGCACGCGGAUGUGGAUGAGUGGAUGUGGUGCAGUUUUGUUGGUGAGCGCGCACACACACACACACACACGCGCGCACACACACACACAGAUUCUCCCAAGAGGACAAGAUGGAGGCGACAACGUCGUCUGAAGUGGAGCAUCUCAUGAAUUCGCUCUGCUGCGAACUAUGACCUCACUGCACGGCGCUUGGCAUGAAGAGGCGGAAAGGGAGGAAGAAGAGGAGGAAGCAGCUUGGGAGGAGGAGGAGGAUGAUGAUGACGAGGAGGAGGAGGACGAGGCCACAGAAUGGUGUCGGUGGGUGGAAGUUACGUAAGCGCUGUUUGCGCUUGCACGGAUGAAAGGCGCCACUCGACGCGGCUCUUGCAUAACGACGACAAGAAGAAGAAGAAGAAUUGGUUAAUUCCUCUAUGUCACACGUUAGGAAAUCACAGAGCUCAAGCGCCCGAGCCUGACAAGCCGCAUGAAGACCGGAUGAUUUGUCAUCGGAGAGUUCACGUGUCAAGUUCUUUGACAGCUCGAGUGGGCUCACUCCAGUUUUUGCUUUUGUAGGUUCAAAGGGGAGUUUGCAGAGUGAAAACUGCAAACAAGAUUUGAAUGUAGCAUGGCAUGCCAUUAUGAAAAGUGCGUAGUUGAGAUGAAUAGUCGCAGAGAACAAAUGCUUUCCAGCUUCAACUAAAUAGCAGCGUCUUGAAGCAAAAAACGAGGAAGCAAUUGUGAUGGUGAUUCAGGGUCAAGAAGAUGAAAACACGUUGCUUUCAGGGACCCACUCAAUAAGCAUUUGUUGUUGUCCGUGCGAACGUGUGUGUGGCGAAAGACGGGCCAUCUGCUGAUGGCUUUUUUUAGGAUGGUGUCACGUCAGGCGAAGGAAUUUUGGCCGGCGGCAUCCACACUGGCCGCCCUCGCUGCUUGCCAGCAGGGGGCGACGACUGUUGUUGCGGGAAUUAAAGUCAGCCCGCUUGCAAAAUAUCCCAUCGUUCAUCGCACCGAUACAGGAAAAUGUUUUUUUUCCUGUCAGCUGUAUAUCAACUCUAGUCUACUUUAUAAAAAUCCCUCUGAUGCGAUUCAAGUGUAUUCGAUGAAUCGUUUCAGGCCGGGAGUCAACGAUAUUGUCCACGAUGUGGACGUUCCGUUGUAGUGGUUAGGGAGUGUUCGACUUGGUCAACUAUGUAGUCCACCAUAUAAAAAUUCCCUUUCUGUGAUUAGCGAAUAUUCGAUUAAUUGUUUCAGCCUUAAAGUCGACUAUAUUGUCCGCGAUGUGAAAAUGUUUAUGCCAGGAGUCAAACACAUUGGCACUGAUGUCGGCUGCACGGUGACAGAUGGUCCAAGUGGCGUUUUCCUCAGCUGCCAUCUGACGCCCGACUUCGGCCCCAAAAUACGACGGCGGCGACGGCGCGGCACCGCGCUUGUGGCGCCGGCUUUGUUUUCAUGCGCUCUCGUUUUCAACUUACGUAGAGUGAGCCUCGAGUCAAGUGAAGGGCUCACCUCUACAACAACUGUUGAUCAAAUAUUAUUACAUUCAUUAGAAAUAAUACCGUAUUGUGAAUAAAUACCAUGAAUAGUUACUUUAGCAUAGUUUUUUUAUGGUUCAUUGAAAUGUUUUUGUUUUUUUACUUUUUUUCAUUGUUUUAUCUCAUUCAAUAAUAAUUUGGUCAUCAAUUUUUAAUGAUUUUACUUUUAAGUUAUUUUUUAGUAAUUGGUAAUUAAAUAAAAUUAUAUACAUUAUCCUACAUUUUAUAGCAUCAUUUAUUGUUUAAUUACUGUAAUAUAAAUUAUUUGUUGCAUUAAUUACGCUCUUUUUCCUAAAAAUCUAUAAACUAAAAAAACAAUGAAUAAUAUGUUAAAUGUAUUUUUAAUAAUAAAAUGCAAAAUAUCGCUAAACUAUUUUACGUGUACAUUUUGUGUUCUUAAUUUGAGUUAUCCAUCCAUUUCCUGAGCCGCUUCUCCUCACUAGGGUCGCGGGCGUGCUGGAGCCUAUCCCAGCUGUCAUCGGGCAGGAGGCGGGGGUACACCCUGAACUGGUUGCCAGCCAAUCGCAGGGCACAUACAAACAAACAACCAUUCGCAUUCACAGUCAACACCUACGGGCAAUUUAGAGUCUCCAAUUAAUGCAUGUUUUUGGGAUGUGGGAGGAAACCGGAGUGCCCGGAGAAAACCCACGCAGGCUCGGAGAGAACAUGCAAACUCCACACAGGCGGGGCCGGGGAUUGAACCCGGGUCCUCAGAACUGUGAGGCUGACGCUCUAACCAGUCGUCCACCAUGCCGCCUAAUUUGAGUUAUAUAAUUUAUUAUUUUGGAUGUAAUUAUAAAACUGAGAAAUGAACAUUUGAUUAUUUGAUAAAUAACAGUAAACCACUACUUUACUACUAAUUCAUUAGGUUGAUCAAAUAUAAUUAAAUUAAAAAAUAUAAUCAAUUGUUAAAGCAUGUAUUAUUUUAUUGAAGUAAACUAUUUUAUUUGUUGCAUUAAUUACAUGUUCCUCCUUAAAUUGGUUAUGCAAAUUAUAUACAUGAAUUUUUAUUCAUUUCCUAUUGAAUAGUAUGCUAAUUAAUAUAACCUAAAUAAUAAAAUAACAAUUGUUGCUAAACAAUAACAGAUACAUUUUACAUUUUUUAUUUGCUUUAUACAAUUUCUCACUUAAUAAUGAGUUAAUUACAAAUGUGAACAACAACAAAAAUGUUAUUCAAAUAACCACAUUUGAAGUAUUUUCCCGUUCAUUC